UGUGUUGUUUACUUCCGGGUCGUUCGGUCGUCGCUUGUAGAGCUCAUUGAUGCUCAUGUUUCCAGGAUUGUAAUAGGUAUUUUUGAGUGCCGCCGGACAGCAAUCCUUUAAAAAAAGUAGUGUCUUCAUCCGUGGUGUUUCAUCCGUGCUGCUACCACCACCAUGGCCGAGGAUGUCCAGAAGCACUCAGUCCACACUUUGGUCUUCAGAUCCCUCAAAAGGACGCAUGAUAUGUUUGUGUCCGACCAUGCCAAGUCCAUCGCACUGGAUGACGAAAGCCACAAGAUAAAGAUGGGUGUGAAAAUGAAAGCGGAUUACAAUGCAGUUUUACACAUGCCUGUCCUGAAGGAAGGGAAGGACAGAGUGUCACAUAUUCCUGGCAUGCUGGGACACCCGGGCUACACACCAGGGGAUGACCCAGAAUACCUGCUGACGGGGACUCAUGCUUAUCCAUCUGGACCUGGAGUUGCUUUGACUGCUGACACAAAGAUGCACAGGAACCCAAGCGAGGGAGGACUCCACGCCAUGGCGCUGGCGUUGCCUCCAUCACAAGCCAGGUUGGACGCCAGCCGUACCGCAGCCAGUGUUGGAGACAUCCAUCGACACGCAGGAGCAGCAGAGAGAUCUCACCCUCACUCCACCGCUGUGUCUCUGUUGGAGGGAGGCGGAACCAGAAAUUCUGCUCUUGCGAGGAAAGCGCCAACCAUGCCGAAACCCUCGUGGCAUCCUCCAUGGAAACUGUUUCGGGUCAUCAGUGGUCACCUGGGCUGGGUGAGAUCCAUCGCUGUGGAGCCGGGGAACCAGUGGUUCGUCACAGGCUCUGCUGACAGAACCAUAAAGAUUUGGGACCUGGCCAGCGGGAAGCUGAAGCUCUCUCUGACGGGACACAUCAGUACGGUGCGUGGUGUGGCGGUCAGCAACCGGAGCCCCUACCUGUUCUCCUGUGGAGAAGACAAGCAGGUCAAGUGUUGGGAUCUGGAGUACAACAAGGUCAUCAGGCACUAUCACGGUCACCUGAGUGCUGUGUACGACAUCGACCUCCAUCCGACUAUUGACGUGCUGGUGACGUGCAGCAGAGACGCCACGGCGAGGGUUUGGGACAUCAGGACUAAAGCUAACGUGCACACACUGACCGGCCACACCAACACGGUGGCCACCGUCAGGUGUCAGGCUGCAGAACCACAAGUCAUCACAGGCAGCCACGACUCCACCAUCAGGCUGUGGGAUUUGAUUGCUGGAAAAACCAGAGCAACUCUGACAAACCACAAGAAGUCUGUCCGAACUCUGGCGCUGCAUCCCAGACAAUACACUUUUGCGUCUGGUUCUGCCGAUAACAUCAAGCAGUGGAUGUUCCCAGACGGCAACUUCAUCCAGAACCUGUCGGGCCACAACGCCAUCAUCAACACGCUGGCUGUCAACUCUGAUGGCGUGUUGGUGUCUGGAGCCGACAACGGGACCAUCCACAUGUGGGAUUGGAGGACAGGUUACAAUUUCCAGCGGAUCCACGCCGCCGUGCAGCCCGGAUCUCUGGACAGCGAGUCGGGCAUCUUCGCCUGCAUGUUCGACAACUCUGAGAGCAGACUGAUCACCGCCGAGGCCGACAAGACCAUCAAAGUGUACAAAGAGGACGACACCGCUACAGAAGAAAGCCAUCCAAUCAACUGGAAACCAGAAAUCCUCAAGAGGAAAAGAUUCUAAUGAUUUUUUAUUUGUCCCUUUUGUCACAGUAACAGUGUUUAAUUUUAUUUCUACCAAACUUCCUGUUGUAGAUACACCCGUCAAGUCUUGCUGGCUACUUUUAGUCUAGAUGGAAUUGUCCAAAAAAGUGAAAGUGAGCAGCAUUUAUGGGUACAAGUCAGGAACCGGCCUACU